AUGGCCGACGAGGAGGAGCCCGACUGCUGCCCGCUGUGCAUGGAGGAGCUGGACAUCACGGACAAGACGUUCAACGCGUGCCCCUGCGGCUACCAGGUGUGUCUCUGGUGCUGGCACCAGAUCAAGAACGAGUACAACGGGCUCUGCCCCGCGUGCCGCCAGCCCUACGCCGAGCUCUCCAAGCAGAAGAACCCGCUGGACCGCGAGGAGGUGGUGCGGCGCACCAAGCAGCGCAAGCAGAAGGAGAAGAGCGAGCGGCGCUCGGCCGCGCAGGCUAAGAGCGCCACGGUGAACCGCAAGAGCCUGCAGAACGUGCGCGUGAUGCAGCGGAACCUUGUUUACGUAAUCGGCUUGCCCGUGCACUUCGCCGAGGAGGACAUUCUCCGCUCGAACGAAUGCUUCGGCCAGUACGGCAAGAUCGUCAAGGCCGUGGUGAACAAGUCGCACUUAAGCGCGGACCGCCAGAACGCAACAGCCAGCGCGUACAUCACGUUUGCCAACAAGGAGGACGCGCUCUGUUGCAUUGUGGCAAUAGACGGAUACUACCUGGACGGGAGUCUGCUGCGGGCGUCGUUCGGCACCACCAAGUACUGCAACUUUUUUCUGCGCAACAUGCAGUGUAACAACCCGGACUGUCUGUACCUGCACGAGCUGGGCGACGAGGACGACAGCUUCACCAAGGAGGAGAUGCAGUCAGCGCUGCACUCUGGGAAGGCUGCGUUCCGGGACAUGUCGAUGGCAAAUGGGCAGGUGCAGGAGCGGGAAGGCUCUCGGUUCCCUCCGCCUCACAGACCAAGUGCUCAGUCUAGAUCAUCUACUAGUGCCAGUGCCAGUGCUAGUGCUAGGGCGCCGUCUCCGGCAAGAGGGGCGUCUCUGCUCAGGUCACACAGCGAGGAGCAGUUCGAGAGGCAGUCACAGAGCGCAGCGGCCGUAUCAGCACUCAGACAGGGCGACAGCAGCAAUAGUUCAGGGUCUUCGUCGCCUGACCGCGUCGACACAGCAGCAGCAGCAGCACACAACACAGAAUACCCGCCGCUCAGCAGCAGCUUGGCAAGAGGAAACUCCUAUAGCAAGAUCGUGGCGGGCGGACACAGCAGUAGCAGCAGCAGACAUUCAGGCGUACCAGCAGCAGCAGCAGUACCAGUACCAGUGCCCGCUCCAGCAGAACCAGCACCAAGCAAUAAGCCUCAGCUGCACGUAGACACAUCUCGGGAAGAAGACAACACACCGGCACUGGAGACGGUGGUAGGGCCGCUGGAAGCGCUCAAGCUGGCGACCGGUUCGUCCACUCAGGAGCCGGCGUGGGCGCAGCCGUUCCCGACCCCGUCAGUGCAGCAGAGCGAGAGCGAGGAGCAGACAACAGCGACCAGCAGUGCAGCAGGCGUCUACAGUCCCUUCGGUCUCGGCUUCGAAGGUGGAAUCCGUCGCGCCAGCAGCGCCCGGGAGCUCACGUCCAAGUCGCCAGUAUCUGGAGACGUGUGGGGGUCCUCUAACGCGCCCAAGAGCUCGCUGGACCCGUUCCCGCCUGCCGCGCCGACGAUGGCGGCGUCUGCCAGCUCGUCAUCGUCGUUCGCGUCCAUCGACGCCAUCUUCAGCCAGCGGAACGAGUCGUCCGAGGCUCUCGCGGGUCGGCUGGGUGUGCAGCUGGAUCCGACGCCUCUGAACCACGGCGCCCCUCUUGCUGCCGCCCCCAAGGACGCACGCACAUCGCGGUUUUCGUUUGCUAAGCCUGCGGACGCUGGUCGUGGCAUGCAGCAGCAGACGACGGCGCGCUACGAGUUGCUGGACGGUACCACAGUGAACAACCGCAGCUCGUUCGGUGGCUUUGACGCUCCUCGUGUCGGAAACCCUCCGUCGGUACCGUCGGCGUUCCCGUCGACUGCGGACCGGUCGGGCUUCCCGCCGCUAGGCAGCUCUCAGCAGCUUCACCACGCGCCGCCGCCUCCCCAUCCUUCCAGGAGCUCGUUCGGUGGUGGCGACUUCCGCGGCAACGACAUGGCUCUCGGUGGUGGCGGUGCGCUGGGCGGAGGAUCCGGUGGACUGGCGUUCCUGCAGCAAAUGCUGCCGAACGUGAACAUCAGCUUCGGUGGGGACUAUCCCAGUCUGUCGGGCGCGGCGUCGAGCGGCAUGGGAGCGUCCGCGACGCCGAUGCGCAGUGCGAGCGCCGGUCGAGGUGGCAGCUCGGGUCGUCGCCUCUUUGAGCGCAGUCAGAGCGCGGGUGCUGGCUUGGUUUCGCCGGAUUCGUGGGAUGGCGGCAGUCUGAGCUCGCUGGGCUUCGACUCGCAGUCCAACAACCGCCGGGCGUCCAGUGGGUCGUCCUUCUACGAUCCUGCGCUGGUGCCGCAGGCGUCGGGCGGGUUCUCGAACAACCUCUACGGCUUCAGCUCGUCCAACGCGAUGGCGCCCAACGGCAGCGACAGCGACCGCCUACACAUGCAGAACGAUUUUGGAGGCGACGCGUACCGCCGCUCGGGCUCGUUGAUGAACAACAGCUAG